CCUAGGGUUCUUAGUAGGCGGCGAAUGAGCAUUGUUCACAGGCGGUGUGUGUGCCGGCGGCACGAGAGGUAUGCGCGCGACGAGCAGAGGCAAUCGUUCGAGCAGUCCGCCGGGUAUUAUCGGUGCCGCCAGUGUCAGGCAAGGGAUCGCCGAUCGUCCUCGGUCAUGAAUCUCAAUGUCUCCAAGUUCCACUAUCAGGAAGCCGCCACAGAGAUUUCCAGGCCGAGACGCAAGGGCAAGGUCAAGUGCCGCUAUGCCAUCUCAAAAUCCGUGGCCCGUGCCAGAAAAGAGGGGCUUUUGCUGGCGGGGAGUGAGGGUUUUGCGCCAAGAACCCCAAUGACGCCAUCGGGGCAGCUCUACCCUAAUGAUCGUCGGAAGGAAUCGCCUUUUGACCGUCUUCCUCUGGAGCUUCUGGUUCGCAUCGUCUGCAGUCUACACCAUGAUCAACUCAAGCCUGCUUUCCACGUUUGCAGACGAUUCAGACAAGCGGUCCUUAUAGCCCAGGAGUCCCAUUUCGAUUUCAGGACACCGAAUCGUGAGCGUCAAGUGGAGCUCGAGCUGAUGACUCCUAGACCCAAUGAACGUUGGCCAUUUGCAAGUCGCACUAGCGAUCAACCGACCACCCCGAUGGCUCCAAGACAUGCACCGAGGCCCCCUCAAGCUAGAAUAGCCUUGGGAGACUUGAAACAAGUGGCUGCUAAUCUCUUUCCGGGCGAUUACGAACAUGGCAUCGAGGAACCCAGGCCCGCGCCUAGAGCAAUCACAUCCCACCGAGUGCUAUUCACGGAGGAAGAACUCUGCCAGGCGGUGGCCAACAACACUCUAGAGCUCCUCUGAGGUAGACGUCUUGACAAGACGUCCCAAGUGUAAGUGCUCGUUUCACUAUUUUAGAUAAGAAGUCGGCAACUAGUUUAAAGGCAACUUGGAUCUCCACUUAGGGACAGGAGGAAGUAUAUAUAGUUCCUUCUCUACUUCAACUCCAGCAGGCUGAAAUGAAGACAGUGGCAAUGAAGACGGUGGCGGUGGCUCUCCUUGUGCUGGUGGUUUUGGGAGGGAUAGAGUCCCGUAAGCAGCUGGAAUGGGAAGACGAAGCUCAAGCUCGAACUGGAUUUCCAGCUGGAGGUUUCGUUCCAGCACCUCGCCCGAGGAAGAACUCUCAUCACCACGGCUCCCACGGCCACACUCCAGACGGCUCUUCUUACGGUUCCAGCAGUGGAAGUAGCAGUGGCGAUGGUAGUGCGAGCGGCUAUGGCUCUGGAUACGGUGGUGGCCCUGGCGGAGGCAGUGGCUCCGGCUAUGGCUAUGGAUCCAGCUCGGGCUCUGGGAGUACUGGCUAUGGCUAUGGAAGUGGCCAGGUUCCUGGGGCUGGUAGCUCAAGCGAAGACGAGUCCCACUUUCCAGGUGGAGUGCCACCCCUGCCAGAAAUGCCUGGGUUUGUUUAGAAAGAUCCAUGUUUUGGUAAUCCGCGAUCUUAUAAUGUAGUUAACGAUCUCAUAAUAUCUAUACCGAUCUUAUAUCU